CCCCGUGAGGUCAGUGGGCGUGAGGUGGCGUCACCGGACAGGAGGGGGGUAUUUGCAGCGCGUCGCGAGCUGAAGGCCGCAGCACGAGAUGGGCUCCAGGGCGUCCAGUCUGCUCCGGGAGGAGGAGAUCGAGGACAUCAAGAAGGAGACGGGCUUCUCUCACAGCCAGAUUACACGCCUGUACAGCAGAUUCACCAGCCUCGACAAGGGAGAGAAUGGUACUCUCAGUCGUGAAGAUUUCCAACGGAUACCUGAGCUGGCCAUUAAUCCUUUAGGAGACAGAAUAAUUAAUGCCUUCUUCCCAGAAAAGAGUACUGAGGCAGUUGCAGGGCUGAUACUUGGAGCAUAUCAGGAAUGCCAUGCACUACAUUCAUUAUUCAGUGAAGACCAAGUGAAUUUCCGAGGCUUUAUGCGGACCCUUGCUCAUUUCCGGCCCAUCGAGGACAGCGACAAAAACAAAGACCCUCGUGUUCCCGAGCCCCUCAACAGUAGGAACAACAAGCUCCUUUUUGCUUUCAGGUUGUACGAUCUUGACAAGGAUGAUAAAAUCUCUCGAGAAGAGCUCCUGCAGGUCCUUCGCAUGAUGGUGGGAGUUAACAUAUCUGACGAGCAGCUGGGGAGCAUUGCAGACCGGACAAUUCAAGAGGCAGAUCAGGACGGCGAUAGUUCGAUCUCCUUCACGGAGUUUCAGAAGGUGCUGGAGAAGGUUGAUGUUGAGCAGAAGAUGAGCAUUCGUUUCCUUCACUGAAUCCUCUUCGCUGUGACUCAGCAGCCGAACUCUCCAGUCAGGCUCUGUCAGCCUCUGACCUCACCAUGUUACCUGAUCAUGUAGAGAAGUUUGUCAAUCACACAGGAGACUGCCAUUCAUUUAAUUGGUUUCCCCAAUCCUGGGCAGUGGUGGGAAUUGUUACUCAGUGUGGCAAUUCCUGGGUCCCACCAGUUACCCCUCAGUGUGGCACAUUUCACCUGGCUAUCACUGAGCAGUGAGGUGCAGGACAAACAAACCGAGUCUUGCUGGUGGGACAGUGCUGUACCUUCGGGAGAUGACCAGCCUUGAGGGGGUCCAUGACUCUCGUGGACUUGAACUGUUCCAGUGCUCCCUGGAAUAGACUGUUCUCUGAUUGAGCUCUGUACGACUAAGUGGGUGGCAAUUAGGUGCUUUUAAAUUGUAUUUGCUGGUUUUUCUGAUCGGGGUUAUUGAUUAUGGGGUAUUUAUUAGUCCAUUAUUGUAUAAAUUGUUUUUAAGAUAUUCACAUUUAUAGGCCUUUUAGUGUCGGCUAUCUUGCUCUGUCCAUUCUCGCUAUGUGACUAGUCCAUUUUUCUCUAACAGUGUCCAUUCCCUAGCACAAGGUCAGGGCUUGUCCAGGUGAUGGGAAAUGCGACACUAUUGAUCCUUUCAGAUGAGGCCUUUAUUUCUCCAUGCAACCUUAUCAGUUUAGGGCUCCUCUAUGUGUUGUUUCCACCCUUCCGCCCUCCCUCCCAC